AUGGACACAUCAGGUAUCCUAGCUUCACAAAGUGCCGCCAUUUCAUCCAUCCUCGGUUUCUAUGCCUUUCGCAGAGCUUCCAGCAGCGCUACGUUGGGCCAGAGCAUCCGGAGGUUCACAACCUCUGUGGUCCGUAGGAGCCACUGUGAGGAGGGCCCUGGGAAGAAUUUGCCAUUUUCAGUGGAAAACAAGUGGUCGUUACUAGCUAAGAUGUGUUUGUACUUUGGAUCUGCAUUUGCUACACCCUUCCUUGUAGUAAGACACCAACUACUUAAAACAUAAGGAUGUUUCAGUUCAUCCAUUAACAGAUAUGAAGAGCAU